ACCCGUUUGUGCUCGGUAUCCUAGUGCACACGCCUUGCAAGCGACGGCGCCAUGAGUCUGACUUCCUGUUCCAGCGGACGAGUUGAAUGGAUGGCAGCAGUUACCCUUGCUGCUGGGACAGCUGCAAUUGGUUAUCUAGCUUACAAAAGAUUUUAUGUUAAAGAUCAUCGAAAUAAAGCUGUGAUAAACCUUCACAUCCAGAAAGACAACCCAAAGAUAGUACGUGCUUUUGACAUGGAGGAUUUGGGAGAUAAAGCUGUGUACUGCCGUUUCUGGAGGUCCAAAAAGUUCCCGUUCUGUGAUGGGUCUCAUACAAAACACAACGAAGAGACUGGAGUCAACGUGGGACCUCUGAUCAUCAAGAAAAAAGAAACUUAA